GCUGCCUUCAGAUCUUUAGCUCACGCAGAGUCUCAAUUGUCUAACUUGCAUCCGCAGCUGCAGCCAUGAUGACCAAGAGUGCGCUCCUUCUUGUUGCAGCAUUUGCUGUGGUCCUCGCAGCAUGGAGCCCAGUGGAUGCGCAGCCCCCACCACCAGCCGCAACCACACCAGUUAUCACAGUCACCAAUGCUAGCCCCGUCGAAGUUUUGAUCUUCCAGAUUCUAAACGGCACAUUGAACCGGCUGGCCACAGUCCCCGCCAACUCUGGCCAGUUCGUCAUCCGAAACUUUCAGGCCGUCAACGGCCAAAUAGACUUGCUGGUUCGGAGCACGGUGAUGGGGGUCACAGCGCAAGUGGGACGAGUGCUCACUCCUUCGAAUGUGACAAACAUCGUCAUCCGCACGAACUCAGCCGCAACCGGUCUGCUCGUGACCAUCACCGGGCUGCUCAAUGGUCCAGUGUCAGUGGUACUGGACCUCGUCUUCACGACUCUUGUCGGGGCUCUUCUCUCCAUUCUUUCUCCAUAGAGAUGAUCAAUUCAGGGACGAAAUGACAAGGAAGAAGGUGGACGAGCACGUUAACGUUAUCACAAUCAGUCCAGAUAUCAGUGUUCGUUAGGAAAGCUGUGAAAGACUUGAACCUCAGUGUCCAAAUGAUAUAUGAUAUACUUCAAGUCUUGGUCACUGGAAUAAUCACGAGAUAUCUUUGUCAAUGCUCUGCCACCGAGCAUAUAUAAUAAAUGACAACGACAUUUGAGUGGAAAACUCUCCGAU